AUGGCCGUCAAGAAAUUCGUCCCACGUCAGCGCAAGCGGAAGCAUCUUGAGCGCCAACGCGCCGAGGAGAGAGCUACUCUCGAUACAGAGCUCGAUGCAGAUUCCAAUGUUGUUGAGAUCACCCCGGCGCAGCAGGCUGAGGCCGAGGAGAAGAGAAAACAGUUGCGCGAGUCACUGAAGCCCGACGGUACCAAGGUCACUGGAAAGAAGGCCAAACGUCUAGAGAAGUACAUCGAAAGCAAGUUGAAGAAGGAUGAGAACCGAGAGCUCCUCAAAAAACUCGAGGCCAACAAGAUCGACACCAGUUUAUUCAGCAGUGCCAAGUCAAUUGGUCAAGUUAAGGAGACCAAGAAGCAAGCCAUCCGCCGCGUUCUCAGGGAGAAGGAUGCCGGUCUCGGCGUGGAUAAGUCAGACUUGACGCUGCUCUACCAGAAGCGCACUGUUAAGAAGGGGGAGGUCCCACAACAUCGGCAACCGGAGGAAUCCGACGAGCCUGAGGAGGAAGGACCCAGGACGACACAGCAGGGCACCAGCGCCAAGCAAGAUCAACCACAGUCCUCUACAACAGCGGCAGCUCCUACCACAUCGGCAGUCGGCUCUGGUCUGAAACGGCCACUCGAGGUCGACGACUCUGGCCGCCCAGUGCUUGCAAAGAGACAAAAGAGAGGCGGUGUGAAGUCGAAGUUCUCAUUAGCUGCGCCUGUCGUUCACGAAGAACCAGUAUCUGAUGAAUUUGGCGGGUUCAGCUCCGGUGAUGAAGAGGAGUCGGGUGAGGAGGAUGAGGACGAGUCUGAUGCUGGUGGGUCGGAGAAAAGUGAAGAGCAGUCGGAUGAGGACAUGAGUGAUGCUGGCAGUGGAGAGGACGAAGAGGAAGAGGAUGACGACGAAGAGAGUUCUGAAGAGGGGUCCGGCUCGGAGGACGAGGAAGACGAGGAGUCUAUGAAAGAGCGGCGGAAAGAAAGAUCAUCUGCUUUCAAGGCUUGGGCACACCAGCAACGAAACGAAGCUCUGGGAUACACACCAACAACUUCCACUAUACUCGAAAUGCCCAGACCAGAAAACUUCCAGCCCCGCCCAUUAGAGCAAGAGCCACUACCGAUUGAGUUGCAGCCAACAACCAAUGUCACCAGAAAGUCGCAUGCCGUCACCGUCACAAGGAACCCUGAGAUUGAGGAGGCUCGUUUCAAGCUUCCUGUCGUGGCUGAGGAACAGAAGAUUAUGGAGGCCAUUCACAACAACGACGUAGUCGUCAUCUGUGGUGCCACUGGCUCGGGAAAGACAACACAACUGCCGCAGUUUUUGUUUGAGGCUGGCUACGGUGACCAGAAGGGUCCUACUCCUGGCAUGAUUGGCGUCACCCAGCCGAGACGUGUGGCUGCUGUCAGUAUGUCGAAACGGGUUGGUCAGGAGAUGGGAGACUUUUCCAAGGUUGUCGCCUACCAGAUUCGGUUCGAGGGCACCGUCGAUCCCAACACAGCCAUCAAGUUCAUGACUGAUGGUGUUCUCCUCCGAGAGGCGGCCCAGGAUUUUGCACUUCGCAAGUACUCUGCCAUUAUCAUCGAUGAAGCCCACGAGAGAAGUGUCAACACCGAUAUCCUCAUCGCAAUACUCAGCCGAGUGGUCAAGCUGAGAGCUGAGCUGGCCAAGGAAGACCCCACAACAAAGCCUUUGAAGCUGAUCAUCAUGUCUGCCACUUUACGUGUUGAAGAAUUUACACAAAAUACCGCGCUCUUUGAGACUCCGCCACGAGUUAUCGAUGUGGAGGGCCGUCAACACGAGGUCACCAUCCACUUCGCCAAGAAGACACGACACGACUAUGUCGAGGACGCCUUUCGCAAAAUCAGCAGAGGUCAUCGAAAGCUGCCACCAGGUGGCAUGCUUGUGUUUCUCACUGGCCAAGGCGAGAUCACCCAACUCAGCAAGCGUCUCAAGACUGCUUUUGGCGGUGGCAUGAACACUGCAUCUGGGCCCAAGGUCAAGAUUUCAGCCAAGGAAGCUCCUAUCGAGGCUGAGGAUAUCGACUUUGGUGAUAUCGAUGACAGAGCGGUUCACGAUAUGGAUGAAGAUGAGAUUUCCGACGAGGAAGAAGAGGAGAAGGAAUUCGACAUUGAGGAUGAGGAGUCCGGAACAGGACCAAGAAAGAUGCAUAUCUUGCCCUUGUACUCGAUGCUUCCGACAAAAGAGCAGAUGAAGGUCUUCGAGCCACCCCCGGACGGCUCGCGAUUGGUCAUCUUGUCGACAAACGUUGCAGAGACCAGUUUGACUAUUCCUGGUAUUCGGUAUGUCUUCGACUGUGGCAGAUCCAAGGAGCGCCGGUAUGACCCUGUGAGCAACGUCCAGAGCUUCCAGAUCGAUUGGAUCAGCAAGGCAAGUGCGCAACAACGUGCCGGUCGUGCCGGUCGUACUGGCCCUGGCCAUUGCUGGAGGCUGUACUCGUCUGCGAUUUACGAAAGGGACUUCCCUCUCUUUGCCGACCCAGAGCUGCUCCGCAUGCCCAUCGAGGGCGUCGUUCUACAACUGAAGGCCAUGAACUUGCAACACGUCGUCAACUUUCCAUUCCCGACACCCCCAGAGCGAGAAAGCCUGGUCAAGGCUGAGAAGCUUUUGACCUACCUUUCAGCCAUCACACCUGAGGGGCAGAUCACGCCAACAGGCUCGACCAUGUCCAUUUUCCCCUUGUCACCUCGCUUCUCACGCAUCCUGUUGGUUGGACAUCUUCACGGCUGCCUGCCAUAUACCAUUGCUCUGGUUGCCGCCCUGUCUGCUGGUGAGAUUUUCAUCAACGAACACCAAGCCAUUCCAGCAUUAGAGGAGAGCACCGAAGACUUCCGUACCAAUGAAGAGGCGAUCGCCGAGGAAAAGCGAGCGAGAGUUCGUCAAGCAUAUAAUGCUGUCCACAAGAACUUUUGCUACCUCGACGACAAGAGUGACGCCAUCAAGCUGCUCCAGGUUGUAGGAGAGUUUGCCCAUGAGCCCACAGAAGCCUGGUGCGAAAGCCACUUUGUGCGGUUCAAGAUCCUAAAGGAAAUUCGGCAGCUGCAAUUCCAGAUCGCGGAUCUCCUGAGGACCAACAUUCCACAACACGCCAAUUUCAAGCUUGAGGAGAAACUGGACCCUCCUUCUGCUACACAGGUCCAAGCUCUCAAGCAGAUGAUUGCCGCAGGCUUCAUUGAUCAAGUCGCCAUCAGGGCUGACAAGGCUCCCAACCCGCCUGAGACGUACAGGAAACCACGUCGUGCGAUCGAUGUUCCAUACAUCCCUCUCAUCCCGCUUGAGGGUGAUCAAAAGGUUGAGGAUCCUCUUGACAGGCUGGUAUACAUACAUCCAACUUCUCCUCUUGCUCAUCUCAGCAUUGCCGAAUGCCCCGAGUACAUCUGCUAUGCCUACCUCCAGAAGGCUGGCAACACAGGCGCAGACGGUGAGAAGAAGGUCAAGACGAGGAUGCAUGCUUUGACAGACUUGACAGCAGGCCAGAUCGCUUCUCUAGCCAAGGGUACGCCACUUCUCACGUAUGGCAAGCCCAUCAAAGAGGUCAAGGGCUCUGAAAGUGCCGAUGGCAAGACGAAGGAGGUCUGGGUGAUCCCAUAUCUUCGGUCUGAGGGCGGCGCUGGAGGGCUGGGAUGGCCAUUGCCAGCAAGAAGAGUGACACAGCGCAAGGUUCCUGGGAAGGGUUGGAUUGUUGAGUAA